AUGACCUUGGAACAGCUCCCGGGGACACUGGAAGUGCGGGAAGGCGACGUGGCCGAAUUCCGGUGCAGCAUGAGAGGAGGCAGCAUGAACAACUACUACAUGUUCUGGUACCAGCAGAACCUGCAGGGCUCUCUCACAAUGAUUUACAGGGAGGGUGAUCAGUAUGGAGAGGGCUUUAAAGAUCGUUUCCAGGGAAUAGUGCAGAGCUCUGYGAACAGAUUCACUCUGAGGAUUCGAGCAGCAAAGCCGGAGGACACAGCCGUGUAUUACUGUGCUGCUGAACUCACAGUGCAGCAGCGCUUGAGCAGGGUGGAGCAAGAACUGGCUGCGAGGGAGUCCAGACAAGGGAGCGUUUCCUUCCAGCAGCCACAAAGCAGAAGGGGCGCCAGGCAAGAGCUGCUGCCCAAACCAGGCCUUUCUGCUGCUUGCAGGGAGAGGACGCCAAGCAGCGCGUGUUGUGUGGAGCUGCCUUGGGAUAUCCCAGGGCCGGGAGCUCUCUUUGGUGCAGAGGGACGAGGGAUGAUGCUGAGUCUCCAUGUCCCCAGGAAGGGUCCCUUGGAGCGGCUGCUGAAGGAGCUGCCCCUCUGGGUUUGUGUCUGUGUCCUGCCUUGCUCCCUGCCCUCUGUGUCCACAGGGCUGCAGGCCCAGGUGCGGCUGCUGGAGGCUGGCGGAAAGACGGAAGCGCCUGGGGAAUCCAUUCGCCUCUCCUGCCACGGAUAUGGAUUCAACUUCAGUCUCCCUGCCUUAUUUUGGUACCGUCAGGCCACAGGUGACCCACCAAAGUGGGUGGCCACCAUUAUCGCUGAUUCUACGUACAUUCGCUACGAUUCGGCAGUGCAGGGUCGAGCCACUGUCACCCGCAGCAAUUCGCAGGCUGUGUCGUUCCUGKCCCUGCGCGCCCUGCGCCCCCAGGACUCUGCCCGCUAUUUCUGUGCCGUUGCCACAACAAUUGGCUUAGGUUUUUUAGAUAAGCUCAUAUUCGGAAGCGGGACCUCUCUCACGGUUGAACCGAGAAAACGAGAAGAUUCUGCCCCAGAAGUCAUUGCAAUUAAAUCAAAAAAGGUUAAGGAAGAAAGCAAAAAUGUGAAUGCAGUUUGUUUGGCAAGGAAUUUCUAUCCAAAGAACCUCAGUUUGGAAGCRUCAUCUAAUGAGGUGGUAUAUGAGCAGAACAAGCCUACCUUGACAUCUGUGGGGACGUACAGCACCAUUAAAGUGGUUCAGGUGGAACCAGAGGCACAGGUGACCUGCGUGGCCAAGUUCAACGGCAGCACUUACACCAAACACACUCUGCCAGAAUUACAGGGCAGGUGGUGA